UCUCUUUCCUUUCAUUCUUGUCUGUACUGCCUCACUCUUGAGCUGUACUGACUCCUAUCAAAUCACCCAUGAAGACAAUGGCCCGAAAUGGAGUCCCGGUACUAGGAUUUUUCAUCAUUGCUGUCCUGAUGAGCCCUCAGGAAUCAUGGGCUAUCAAAGCGGAUCAUGUGAUCAUCCAGGCUGAGUUCUAUCAGAACCCUGACCAAACAGGAGAGUUUAUGUUUGACUUUGAUGGUGAUGAGAUUUUUCACGUGAAUCUGGAAAAGAAGGAGACAGUCUGGCGGCUUAAGGAAUUUGAACAUUUUGCCAGCUUUGAGGCUCAGGGUGCAUUGGCCAACAUAGCUGUGGACAAAGCCAACUUGGACAUCAUGAUGAAACGCUCCAACAACACGCCGAUCAGCAAUGAAUCUCCAGAAGUUACGGUGCUUUUGAACAGCCCUGCAGAAGCUGGAGAACCCAAUGUCCUCAUCUGUUUCGUUGACAAAUUCUCCCCACCAGCGCUUAAUGUCACAUGGCUUAAAAAUGGAAAACCUGUCACCACAGGAGUAUCAGAGACGGUCUUCCUGCCCCGGGAAGACCACCUUUUCCGCAAAUUCUACUAUCUCCCCUUCCUGCCCUCAACAGAGGACUAUUACGACUGCCAGGUGGAUCACUGGGGCCUCGACAAGCCGCUUCUGCAGCACUGGGAGUUUGAAGCACAUACCCCCCUCCCAGAGACAAAAGAGAAUGUGGUGUGCAUCCUGGGCCUGCUUGUGGGUCUGGUGGGCAUCAUUGUUGGUACCAUCUUUAUCAUCAAGGGUGUGCGCAAAGCAACUGCCGUUGAACGCCACAGGCCUCUGUGAGGCACCUGGAGGUUAUGGCCUUUCUUACAGAGAAUAUCCAUGAAGAAAAUUCUGCUUUAAUAAUUUUAUGAUGUCAGCAAUACUCCAGUUGUUCACCUCAGUGAAGAAAACCAUUCCUCAGCACUUUCCACCCUAACAUUCAACUCCAAGAGUGACAAUGCCUUCCUUUGAUCUCUCCAUAGUUUAACAUCUAUUGAACUUUUCUGUCUAUUGCCUCUUCCUGUAUCUGUUUUUCCUCCAUUUCCUACCAUCAUUUUACCACCAUGCAAUGCCUCUGGAAUAGAUGCCUCAGGGUUCUUUCUCUGUUAUGAAAUUUUCUGAGCCUUCCACAGAGGAACCUCCUGUAUACUUGUAGCUUGAGAUUUCUCCAAACUGAUUUUUUUCUAAAUACAAUAAACUAUUGAAUGGGUCUUCAGUGGAGCUUUCAGUGUCUGAUGCAGUUCUUCACAGAUGCUGGGGGAAUAUAUGUUAUUCUUUCAUCCUGAAAUGUCUGAAUGUUGAAUGUAUCUUCUAAGCUUUGGAAUUAAUCAGAAAUACCCAGGUUCAUUAGGGCUUGGUAUUAUUCAGAGCAUCUGCAGGUAAACCAGUUGCUGUGGUCCAGUCUUCAUCUGGAAAACCCUAGAGUAUGGUUUGUUUGUUGGGAGAUCUCUACUGAGCAAUGAGUUCAGAAUUGGUUUUUGGUUCUUGGGCCUCCAAUUCAAUAUCUGGAUCUUCAGAAGAGUGAAUCUCAAACCCCAGGAUUUGGACGAUGAUAAUGAAUGAGACACAUCAUGGGGAUAAGACGGGGGUGGCAUAGGGAGCAGAAUACGAGAAGGAUCCACAUACAUUUCAGAAUUUCUAUAUAUCAACAUCACCCAUUCCAGACUUAAUGAGGAAUGAAAUUGGACGCUAAGAAUUGGAAUUACUCAUUUUAUUAGACAUAGUCCUCGAUGCCUGUGUUAUUACCAGGAGAAUAUGCCAACUUAUUCUUGAAACCAUCUUAUAUUUGGAGAUGUUUCCCUGAGUGGAAAAAUUGAGAAAAGGGUAGGAUAUGACAUAGAAAAGGGAGGAGAGAAUAUCUGAGAUGCAGUGAGCUGUUGCUCCCUUGUCUAUAAAACAAUAGCUGGAUAUUUAUGUCUAAAAUGGUUACCAGAACCUACCCCAAAUCACAGAGGUAAAUUUUCCAAGGCAAAGUGGUAGACUGACCAAUGUGUGCUACUGAAAUGAGUUAGACUUGGACUUCAUCUCGGCUCUGUCACUUACUGGCUAUGUAUUCACCGGUAUCUUGCUUAACACAACUUGGUCUCUAAUUCCUCUUAUGAAAAUAUUGAUAUUAAUAUUUACUACAUUUAUCUGUUGUGAGAAUUGAAAAAGAAAAUGCAAGCAGAGCAGUUAGGUACCAUUCUUAGUGAUAAUAAUGUUGCAAAAGUUAUUAAUUCCAUUAUUUUUCCUCAAAAUUUCUACAGCCUGUUAAAAAAGAGAGAAGCAAAAUAAAACAAGCACAAACCAAGAUAGCACGACCUUACCAGUAAACAGCAAGUUUCUGUACCUAGGGUUUAAAGACUCAGAGUACAAUCUUGAGAAAAUUGGAGAUAGAAUAGGAACAGGUGUUUCUUUCACAUAACUCCAAUUUUUCUGAUGAUAAAAUAAAUAGAUGUGCAAUAGAGAAUACACUGAAACUCAGACAAGUAUGAAAUAAAAAAAGCAAAACCUAAACCAUAUCCUCUCAUGUGAGAAAGACUUUUUUUUAAUAGACUUUAUUUUUUAGAACAGUUUUAGGUUCACACACACACAAAAAAAAGGUAUAGAAAAUACAAACCAAAAAACCCAAAUCCUUUAUGAAGUUGAUUCCAACAGAUGGAGACCGCGUAUGUGUCAUACAACUGCGUUCCAUAGGGUUUUCCAUGGCUGUGACUUUUGGAAACAGAUUGUCAUGCCUUUCUUCCGUGGUGCUGCUGGGUUGAUUUCAGCUGUCACCCAUCUGGUUAGUAGCCAAGUACAAACCACUUGCACCACCCAAGGACCUCUGCAGAAAAUACAGAGAGUUCCGAUUAUCCCCUGCUGCUUCUCUGUCACCCACCACACACUCACACACACACACACACAGUUUUUCCUGUUAUUAUCAUCUUGCAGUAUUGUGAUGUAUUUGUUACAAUUGAUGAACCAAUAUUCAAAUAUUAUUGUUGAGUGAAGUCCACAGUUCACAUUUGGGUUCACUCUAUGUGUUGUAUAAUCCUAUGGCUUUUCACAAAUACAUCAUGUCCUGUUUUCACCAUUGCAGUAUCACAUAGAGUAGUUUCACUGCCCUAAAAAUGCCCUGUGCUCCACCUAUUAAUCCCUCCCUCACCCCCUGAAUCCGGGCUACCACUAAUUUUCUUGUUAUCUCUACAGCCUUGCCUUUGCCAGAAUGUUGUAUAAAAAACCCAAAACGAAACCCAUUCCUGUCAAGUCAAUUCUGACUCAUAGCGACACCAUAGGAUAGAGUAGAACUGCCCCAUAGAGUAUCCAAGGAGUACCUCGUGGAUUUGAACUGCCAGCCUUUGGGUUAGCAGGCAUAGCACUUAACCACUGUGCCACCAGAGUUUCCGAAUGUUGCAUAGUUGGCAUCAUACAGUAUGUAGCGUUUCAGACUAGCUUCUUUUGCUAGAUAAUAUGCAUUUAAGGUUCUAUCAAGUCAUUUGUAGCUCGACAGCUCAAUUCAUUUUAUCAUUUGAUAAUACUCCACUGUAUGGAGGUACCACAGUUUUUUUAUCCAUUCACUCAUUCACUCAUCUUGGUUGCUUCCAAUUUUUAGCAAUUACGAAUAAAAUUUCUAUAAACAUUUAUGUGCAGGAUUUUGUGCGGACAUAAGUUCUCAACUCAUUUGGGUAAAUACCUAGGAGUGUGAUUGAUGGAUUAUAUGGUAAGGCUUUGCUUUGCUUUAUAAGAAAAUUGCCAAACUGUCUUCUAAAUUGGUUGAUCCUUUUGCAUUUCCACCAGCAAUGAAUGACGGUUAUUUUGUUUCACAGUGUUGCCAGCAUUUGGUGUUGUGGGUAUUUCGAAUUUCAGUCAGAAAGCCAUUUUAUAAAAACUUUUUAUUUAGAAGUAAUUAUAGAUUCACAGGAUGUUGCAAAGACAGUACAGAAAGAUCCUGUGAACUCUUCAACCCAGUUUUUCCUAAUGGUUGUGCCCAUCGCUGUCGUGUCGAUUCUGACUCAUAGCGACCUUACCAGGUAGUUCUAACCCAUAGGGUUUCCAAGACUAUAAUCUUUAGCAAAAUUAGAAAACUGACAUUGGUACAAUGGGCAUACAUAGCUCUAUGUCAUUUUAUUCCAUGUGCAGUUUGUGUAACCACAGCCACAAUCAAGCACAGAUCUAGUCCCUCACCACAGAGGUCUCUCACGCUCCCCCUGUGUAGUCACAACCAUCGCCCCCCUCACGCUCCCACCUAACAUCUGACUACCACUGAUCUGCUCUCCGUCUAUAAUUUUGUCGCUUUGAGAAUGGUAUAUAAAUGGAAUUAUACAAUAUGUGCUCUUUUGAGAUUGGCUUUUUUCACUCAGCAAAAUGCCCUUGAGAUCUAAGUUUCUACAUGUUUUUCGUUAUUACUGAGUAAUACCCCAUUGUAUAAGUUGUACCACAGUUUGUUUACCUAUUCACCUACCGAAGGACAUUUUCGUUAUUUCUAGUUUGAGGUAUUACAGAUAAAACUGCUAUGAACAUUCAUGUAAGGUUGUUGUGUGAACCUAAGUUUUCAUGUCUCUAUGAUGAAUGCGAGGGGUGUGAUUGCUGGGUUGUGUGAUAAUCAUAUUUUUAGUUUUUUAAGAACCUAUUUUCCAGAAGGCCUUUACUGUUUUACAUUCCCACCAUCAGUGUAUAAGUAAUCUGGUUUCUCCACAUCCUCAUCAGCAUUUGCCAUGUCAGGAUUUUUUGGGUUUUUUUUGUUUUUUAGCUCUUCUAAUAGGUGUAUAGUGAUAUCUCAUCAUGUUUUCAAUUUGCAUUUCUCCAGUGGUUGAUGAUGUUGAGUAUCUUUUCAUCCUCUUUGAUAAAAUGCCUCUUUGUGCCUUUUGCUCAUGUUAGAAUUAGAUUUUUUUUUACUGUGGAUUUUUUUUGGAACAAAUUUAUUUUUUAUGUUAAAAAAUCAGAUUUCCAUAGCUCUCUAUAUAAUAGGCAUGAAAAAGUACAUAUUAAUGCAAUGUAUAGAAAGCUACAUACUAUUCACUAGGAUACAAUGCUAUUAUAGUAUCACCUUCUUAUGUUCUUUUUUUAUAGUGGUAGAUGUAUAGGUGAGAAAACAUUUGUCAUUUCUACAAUCCUCAUAUGUACAGUUUUGAGAGUUCUUUAUAUUUCCUAGAUUCCUGUCCUUUGUAAGGUACGUGGGUUGCAAAUAUUUUCUCCUAUCUGUAGCUUAUCUUUUCAUCCUCUCAACAGAAAACAGUGCAGAACAGAAGUUUUUAAUUUUGAUAAAGCCCAAUUUAUUGAUAUUUUUCUUUUUAUGGAUUGUGCUUUUGGUAUCAUGUCUAAGAACUCUUCACCAAGCCCUAUGUUCUGAAGAUUUCUCCUAUUUUUUUUCUAAAACUUUUAUAGUUUUACAUUUAAAUUUAUGAUCUAUUUUAUGUACAUUUUUGUAUAAGCUGUGAGAAUUAGGUUGAGUUUCUUCUUUUUUUUCUUUCUCUCUCUUUUUUCCCUAUGAGUAUUCACUUACUUCAGUUUGAAAAGACUAUCCUUCCUUCACUGAAUUAUGUUGCACCUUUGUCAAAAGUGAGUUAGUGGUAUUGGUAUGGAUCUAUACAGCUCCAUGGAUCUGUGUGUCCAUUCCUCUGCAAAUGCCAAUAAGCCUUGAUUAUGCUGGCUACAUAAGUAUGGUUAGAGUGAUUCUUCUAACUUUAUUUCAUUUUGUCAAACUUGUUUUAGCUAUUCUACUUCCUUUGCCUUUCUAUAUGUAUUUUAGAAUAAGUGUGUCCACCAAAAAACCAAACCCAUUGCUUCUGUUCUGACUUAUAGGGUCCCUAUAGUACACAGUAGAACUGCCCCAUAGGGUCUCCAAAGCAGUAAAUUUUUAUGGAAACAGACUGCCAUGUAUUUCUCCUGGGAGUAGAACUUUCAGUUAGCAGCUGAGUGCUUAACUACUGUACCACCAGAGCUCCUAACUUUGUCUACCUCUACUAAGAUGCCAAUUCUCCCCAAACAGAUAUACAGGUUUAAUGCAAAGUUCUACUAAAAAACUCGCUAGGAUUUAGAUAAAAAUUGUGUUAAACCUGGAUAUCAGUUUGGAGAGAAUUGUCUUCUUUACCAUAUUCACUUUUCUAGUCAAUGAGCAUGGUAUGUCUUUCCACUUACUGAGAUCUGGUUUGAUUUCUUUCAUCAGCCUUUCAGCAAAAGAGC